UUUAUACGUUUAUACGUUUAUGACGUGUGGCUCGUGUUUUCUAAUAUGUGAUACGUGUCGGCCUUUACAGUAUUGAAAUAUCUUUAUAUCGAAAUUUACAAUUAAUACUAACAAGUUCUGACAAUUUUAACGAAUGAUGGGUGUACCGGUUAUUAUACAGAAGGAUUAUCCUUUAUACAAUCCUGAGAUUUUGAAGAAAUUGAAUUUUUCGGAAUCGCCUGCUAAAUUUAACGGUUCUAUCUCAUCAUUGAAUCCUGGUGAACCCUGGUUAUGUGUUCGUCCACUAAGGCCUUCUGACUAUCAUCGCGGUUUUCUUGAACUAUUAGCUCAAUUAACAGAUACUGCUAAAGUUUCACAAGAGCGAUUUAAUGCCAGAUUCGAGCAAAUGUACCAUAGUGGAGGAUAUUAUGUUACUGUGAUCGAAGACACAAGAUCCAAUCAAAUAAUUGGUUCAGCUACUUUAGUUGUAGAGCAGAAGUUCAUCCAUGGAUGCUCUUGGAAAGGGAGAUUAGAGGAUGUUGUGGUUAAUGACACUUACAGAGGAAAGCAACUAGGAAAAUUAAUAGUGGUGACCGUUUCUUUACUAGCAAAGGAACUGGGCUGCUAUAAGAUGUCUUUGGAUUGCAAAGAUAAGUUAAUACCAUUUUACGAAUCUUUGGGUUAUCGUUUAGAACCUGGAAAUGCAAACGCUAUGAACAUUCGAUAUGAUCAAGCUGCAAGCAAAAGUUCAGCUAAUUCUUCCUGACAAUUAGCAGACCGAGUUUCCAAAACACGAGCAAAACUAUAACACGUUAGCUCUGGAAAUUCUGGUCUACCACCUACUGAAAAAUCUUGCCAAGAACUAUAUAUUCAAGAGAAAAAGGCAGAGGCGAAAUCAAAUAUAUAUUUAUGUAUUGUCAUAUUAUUCUUAAGUUCUCUGCCCUGGUUGGGUACAUAAUUUGCUCAUUGCAAUUUAAUUUUAAGACUUUAAUAUAUUUAAUUUAAAAAUGUAAUAAAUCAAAUAUUAGUACAUUUAUAAUCAUAUAGUUGUUAAAAUU